AUAGGCUUGAAUUGUCCAGGAUGGAAUAGAAAACGCAAGCACCAGGACCUUCAUUAGAAAUGGUAGUUGCGAUUUGAGAAGAAGAAGAAAUCCUGAUUCCUGAGCACACCUCUAUUUAUAUACAUAACAAAACACAUCAUCAGAUCUUCUUCAAAAUUAUCAGCAACAACGGCAAUGAUGCAAAAUCAUUGUCUCCUUCAUCUUCUAAUUUCUGAUUGAUAUGAAUCUCUCGUUAUCUUCUACCUCUCUAUCGUCCUCUUCGUCUACGUCCGCAACUUCUGGUGCUACUUCUUCCCCUUCCUCAGCUACUUCAUGGUUCUCCGGCAUUGUUCGUGGCCGCGCUGAUCGAUCCAGUAGCCUUAAAAUGGCCGGCAAUUCUGGCGCAAGCGCCUGGGAAAGUGCCGGUCCAAUCAAAGGAAAGAACCAGUUCCGUGGUGUGCUCUUCAAGUACGGACCCAAGCCUAUCCAGGUUGCAUUUAAAACAGGUGAUCAUAAACAACAAGCCAUUUUUAUUGGUGGAUUAACUGAUGGUUUUCUAGCAACUGAAUAUUUGGAACCUCUGGCAAUUGCUUUGGAUAGGGAGAAAUGGUCCCUUGUUCAACUGCUUAUGUCAUCAUCAUACACUGGAUAUGGAACUUCCAGCUUGCAGCAAGACGCCAUGGAGAUUGAUCAGCUCAUAAGUUAUUUGAUCAACAAAGAAAAUUCUGAGGGUGUGGUCCUACUUGGGCACAGCACUGGCUGUCAGGAUAUUGUACAUUAUAUGCGUACAAGUGCUGCAUGCUCCCGCGCAGUCCGUGCUGCCAUUUUGCAGGCGCCAGUUAGUGAUCGGGAGUACAAUGCAACUCUUCCUAAUACAGCUGCUAUGAUUGACUUGGCUUCGUCUAUGAUAGCAGAAGGUCGGGGAUCAGAAUUAAUGCCUAGGGAAGCAGAUCCAUCUUCUCCAAUAACUGCUUAUAGGUAUCACUCCCUUUGUUCUUAUAUGGGAGAUGAUGACAUGUUCAGUUCUGAUCUUAGUGAUGACCAGCUGAAAACAAGACUUGGGCACAUGUGCAACACACCUUGCCAGGUACAGAGUACAGAUGUUAUCUUUUCCAUGGCUGAUGAAUAUGUUCCAGAUUAUGUUGAUAAGAAAGCAUUGGUUGAAAGAUUAUGCAAAGCAAUGGGUGGUGCAGAGAAAGUUGAAAUUGAACAUGGAAAUCACUCCCUCUCUAAUAGGGUCACUGAAGCUGUCCAGGCAAUUAUUGAUUUUAUAAAAAGAGAAGGCCCUAAAGGUUGGGAUGAUCCUUGGAACUAAACUAGUAUGGUGCCUUUCUUCCUUUCCUCGUAUUAUUUAUGUUUUUUUUUUUUAUUAUUUUAAUUUUCUAUCUUAUUGAUUUUCAGUUUUUCCAUUUCGUUAAGCAUUAGAGUGUACUUUUUAUUUUCCAUAGGAUAAGAAGCUGGAUGUAUUUGAUUGAGUGAAAAUAUGAUAUUGUGGUAUUGGUGUAGUUUGUCUAGAAAUAGAUUUUUAUGGGGAGAAAUCUUUUGCCUUUUCCGCAAUUUUAUGGAUUAUAUAUGAGUUCUUUUGAUUGUUCGAGCUAA